CAGAGGAGCGCUAGACACCAAGAAGGGGGAGGAGACGGGAGUUACUGGGCACUAGCCGCUCAGGUCAGCGCCUUGGUCCCACAGGCGGGCAGGGGCGGGGGUGGGCGCCGACGCCCCUCGCCUGGCACUCCGCACCUGGCCCUGCGGGAAGAGCACGCUGAUUGACAGCUGACUUGUCCCAAAAAGGCUCGCCAAAGAUGCUGAUCUGCGGGUGGGUGUAGCCGCGCAGCAGGCGCGCCCGUGCCCGCUCCCCUCCGCGCGCCUCCGGAGCCGGGCAGUCUGUCUGGCUGCGGACUAGCGGGGCUGACGCCCCCGCCCCGCGCCAACCCCCGCGGUCCCCGCCGGCCGGGCCCUCGCAGUCGCGCUCAGGGCGGCGGGUGCUCGGCCGUCCCGGCUCACCAUGCACUGCCACGCCGAACUGCGGCUGAGCUCGCCCGGCCAGCUCAAAGCAGCCAGGCGGCGCUACAAGACUUUCAUGAUCGACGAGAUCCUGUCCAAGGAGACCUGUGACUACUUUGAGAAACUUUCCCUCUACUCCGUGUGCCCGUCGCUGGUCGUGCGACCCAAGCCCCUGCAUUCCUGUACGGGGUCAGUGGUUGUAAGCAUAGACCCUGAGGAUGGAUUAAAGUACUGGACUGGGAACUUACUCUACAAAACGAUUCAUGAACGCUCCGUGAGAGGCUCCCCUUCUCUCCGGGCAUAUCCUCUCCUCUCGGUGAUCACCCGGCAGCCCACGGUCAUCUCUCACCUUGUCCCCGCCACUCCAGGAAUCGGCCCUGUGUUGUCACGCCACGUGGCCACUGAGGCUGCAUCCGCUGAGGCUCCAGGAGGCGAGGCUUUAGCCAGCAGCGAGUCAGAAGCUGAGCAGCCCACACCCCGGCAGAAGAAGCCCCGCCGGAGUCGCACCAUCUUCACCGAGCUGCAGCUCAUGGGGCUGGAGAAGAAGUUCCAGAAGCAGAAGUAUUUGUCCACCCCAGACAGGUUGGAUUUGGCCCAGUCUCUGGGACUCACUCAGCUGCAGGUGAAGACUUGGUAUCAGAAUCGUAGGAUGAAAUGGAAAAAAAUGGUUCUGAAAGGUGGACAGGAAGCACCCACAAAACCUAAAGGUCGCCCCAAGAAGAACUCCAUCCCUACAUCAGAAGAGAUUGAAGCUGAAGAGAAGAUGCACAGUCAGGCCCAGAGCCAGGAGAGCCUGGAACCCUUGCAGGGACAGGAAGAGCCCUGUGACACGCAGGAACUAAAAGCGGGUGACGUCCCCUUGGAGGUGGCAGAGCCGCCAGGCCAGCCUCAGGAGCUGCCGGAGGCCUCUUCCAAACCCCCACCAUUAAGCUAAAAUAAAACUCUUGCCAGGGAACAGGAGACUGGGAAGAAGGGGAAGGUGAAGGCAGGGUGGCCAGGGAGAGAAUCACUUCUACCCAGCCGGCCAGCGUGCCUCCCUGCGCCCACAGUUCUCAGUGGUGCCUUCAUCGCAAGCAUCCAAGGAAGACUUGCUUGUCUUAGGCCCUCCUCUUCCUGGAAGGCUGCUUAAGCCAUAGAUGCCCUUGAUUGAGAGAGACAGUGCCUUCAAGCUCCUGUCCCCACCGAGGUGACAGCUGUUGGGCUAGAUAGCCACUCUGCGCCAGCCUGCGGCAGAGGGUCUCGUCCACCUGCCCCCUGGCCCUGGGCAGCCAGUUGUCUAAGCAGAGAGAGAUGGAGCCGCUUGGACGGCCUGCCCAGGCUCCUUGCUGACUCAGCACUUAUUUCUGUAGUUUUAAAAGAAUUUAAUGUUUUGGGGUUUUUCCGGGGGGUGGGCAAGCAAACGAGUUGGAGGAAGGGAAUGGUAAGUUCUUAGAACUUUUUCUGGAUCACGUUUGUUUGUUUGUUUGGAGACGUGUGCCUUUGUACCCAUUAUAAUAAGAUGGUCAGGUGACCAAGAACUGAUAACGCCUUGUUUUUCUUGCUUUUAGUUUCCCUCCCUGAAGCUGCCAAUGCAGAUAUGUUAAGAUAACUUUUAUUUUUUAAUUAAAAAUAAAUCUUUCAAAAGGA